AUGUUUUUUACAUAUGUGGUUCGUCCAGGAGAUGCUCCUGAAGGAAGAGGGCCUUCACAACCAUUAUUUUUCGAAAACUUUCUAGUAAACAAUCUUAAACUGGGAUUUGGGUCUAUGCUUCUAGGUUUUAUUGGCCUGACAAUUUGUUCUCUAUUUAGUGGGUUUGGAUUACACAUAACAAAGUUUUUAAGCCCUUUCAAUGAAGCAACAAAUUCAACUGGAGUAGCACUGUUCUUUGUGAUAUUCAUGAUUUUUGGCGUAUUAUGUCUAAACAUGUCAACAAUUCUUAUGGAUGACGAUGGCAGUAUUAGCCAAACACGCGGGUUUAGGUCAGGAUGCAAAGCGUUUGGUCAAGGUUCCCUCGUUAUUUUACUGGGAUUGAUACUUAUCGUAGUUACAUUGUACUCGAGCGUAGGUUACUAUGAAGGUAAUGCUCUAUCUGGGUUGGAUCUCAACCAUGUUAUUAAAUGUAUGUAUAAUGCAGGUUUGGCCAUUACGAGCAUUGGAUUAGCAUUACUUGGAUUUGCGGCAUUCCUCGUCGAAGUUUAUUCAAGUGAUGGAACUAGAGAAAUACUGGGAUUUGCAAGUGUACUUCUAUGUAAGAUUUCAGGUAUUUUCUUGUUCUUAACCAUCAUCUUUCCAGAAUGCAGAAUUAUUGGUUCUCUUUCCACAUUAAUAACAAUUGUUGCGUUAACUCAUGUAACACUUUGGGCAGGAAUUUUUGAAAGUAUUGCCCUCAAAUCCCGAAUUAAAAUGACUCAAUCAGCAGUUAGGAAUGAGUACUAUAAAAGUAGAAAUGCUCUUGCAUACUUUGGUCCACCUGUUAUGGCUGAAGGAAAUUAUACUCAACAGCCAACCAUGUAA